AUGGCAGACUCAACAGAUGGAAGCAAUACUCCCGACCUCGACUAUCCCAUCGGAAAGAUCAUCCACCUAAAAAUCAGCACUUCAAACCAAGAGCAGACAGAGCUACAUGUGAAAAUAAAAGAACAAAAGCGACCAUGGACAUUAUCAUGCGGCAUGAUAGUCGAGUUCCAGGACACUGCAGACUCACAAACAAUCUCUGAGACUCUACGCAAUCAAAGUGAAGCGUUCUUAAAGAUGUUUGACCAGAGAUUCGCGGAGCAGAUUCGCCAAGACAACGGUAUCGAUACCUGGUCUGCGGAUAUCGAACAAGAAUUCCUGGGAGCUCUUACAUCCGGCAAGGCAGAAGAAUUUCUCUACAAGCUUCAGAACGUACCGAAUUUCCAAAGAGAUACUGAGGACGACUGGGACGCAGCUGAAAACGAAAUCUACCUGGCUGCCGAGCUACGAAAAUGCUUCACCUCAGAAGUCGCAACGUACAAUCGUCUCAAAGAAUACCAGGGAAAAAUCAUACCUCGCUUCUUGGCAUCUGCUGUCCUUGACGUGCCCUCAUCCAACGUGGCCCCCACUAUACAGCAACAAGAACUUUACAAGAAACAGGGCAUUCUACUACAAUAUCUCCCCGGCUUCUCCCUCUCCACCAUGGCGGAUAAUGCGCCAGAGUCAUCGUGGCAAGCGAUCGUCGACCAGGCUAUUCAAAUAGUCCAUGUCCUCGGCGACCAUGGCAUUCUGAAUGCCGACGUUCGACCGGAUAACUUUAUAGUUGUUCCCAAAGAUGACACCUACCAGGUUUUCAUGAUAGACUUUGGGCAAUGCAGGUUUCGGCGGGAGGAUGAGUCUGAUGCGGAAUGGGGACGGGCGAAGUGGAGACAAGAUGAAGAAGGCGCUGUGGGAUAUGUUAUGAAGUCAAGGUUAAAGAAAGUUGGGUUUGAACUUAACUUUGAACCGAGUUGGAGAUAUUUAGCCUGGGCUCCUGGAGAGGACGACUAG